AUGUAUGAUACCUUCACACAAGGUUUUGGUUUCAAAUUCCACUGUUUAUCUAAACAGGGUCAAGGACUGAAUCUAGUAUUAAAAAAUGGUCCAACAGUAAUGAUGCUUAGUGAAACCCAAAAACCAAUCAAUCCCUACUAUUCAUUUAAAUGUCACUCAGAACUGUCUAACUGGCGUACAGAACAUGAUGGACCAUUUGAUAUUGCAGUAGAGGUAGGGAAUGUCUAUGAAGUGUGUGAAAGAGUUUCUCAACUACUUGGUAGUCAAGAUGUCCUGUUAGAGCCAACCACUUAUACUGAUUAUCAUGGAAAAGUUAUUAUAGGAGUAAUAAAAUCGUGUGUUGGAAAUUUACUUCAUACUGUUAUUGAUUCAUCACACUAUAAAGGUUUAUUUUUACCUGGUUACACUAUACCUGAACUCGGUGAAUACACUGAUUUACAGAAAAUACUGUAUAAACCCAGACAGAAUUCUAAACUUUCUGUAAAAUGUAUUGAUCAUAUAGCGUUGGUUGGUGAUUGUGGAUAUUCAGAUUAUUUUAUUCGAUGGUAUGAAGCAGUAUUUGGAACAAGGCGUAUGUUUGUUAACUUAUAUGAGGAUGAAUCACAAGGAUUUGUGGUGAAGUUUAAAAAUACUGGAAUGAAAUUAAAAGCUGUCUGUCAUCAUAAGAGUUCAUCUGAACAACAAACUGAUUUUAAUGAUACGUGUAAAUUUGUUUUCGUUGAACCUAUAGAAAAUUCAGAUCCGAAUCAAGUUACCCGAUUCUUACAAGCUAAUUCAGGACCAGGCCUUCAGCAUAUGGCAUUCGCUGUUAACAAUAUAACAGAUAUGACUACUGAAUGCCAUCAGAAUGGUGUGAAAUUUGUCAAUCCUCCAGACACAUACUAUGAUAUGCUAUCACAACGUAUUAAUCUGAAACAAUGUCAUUUGGAUUUAGAAGAACUUCGAAAAUCUGGAGUACUUGUUGAUAAAGAAUUAGACAUUCAUGGGAAUCAAAUUGGAACAUUGUUACAAAUAUUUACAGAACCAUUAUUUGAAAAAAAUGGUUUCUUUAUGGAGUUGAUUGAACGUCGUAAUCAAUCGAUUGGUUUUGGAGAGAAUAAUAUUAAUGCUUUAUGGCAAGCUGUAGAAAUAUCACAAAUGUUAAAAAAUCGUCUAGUCAAUCGUUUACCAUCCAGUUAA